AUGUAUAGUAAUAACAAUAGUAAUAAUUUAUCAAUAUAUUCUUCGCCUAUAAUAAGUAUUGCAUCGCAGUCAUUCAACUCUAUACCAGAAUGGAAAAGGGAUAUAAUAAGGCAAUUAAAUUAUAGAAAUCAAAAUCAAACCAAUUGCUAUUCAGAUAUUAUGAAAAUAUAUUCAGAUUUAUUAAAGAGAGAAAGAACAUUAAAUGACAGAACUUUGCUAUACGAAAAAGAGAUAGUUUCAUUAAGAAAGGAUGCUAAUAGAGGUGGUGGAAGUGGCGGUGGGAGUGGUAGUAGUAGUGGAACUAGCUCGACAUCAUCAAAUAAAGGUUCAAUUGAAGAAAUGGAGCAAAAACUUUAUAAACUACAAGAGGAUUUAACAAACAGUUACAAAAGAAAUGCAGAAAAUGCUACAAGUAUUUUAAAUUUAAAUGACAAAAAUAAAGAUCUUCAAAAUGAAAUAAUGUCAAAAGAAAUUGAAGUGGAUAGAGCUAAACAAGUUUUACAGCAAAAUGAUGAUGCCAUUAAAAGAUUAGAAAUGACCAUUAUAGAAAAAGAAAAUGUUUCACAAAUUUUAAGAGAUGAAUUAACAUCAUUACAGACCGAAUAUUUACAUAAUGAAAGCAAAGUUGUAAAAUUAGAACAAGAGAAUAGUAGUUUAGUUGAAAGAUGGUUAAGAAAGAAAAAUGAAGAGGCAAGUAAAAUGAAUGAAGCAAACGAUUUUUAUCAAAAGAUGGUAGAACAGAGAGAUCUAUCAUUUGUAUCUCCAGCAAAAAAAUCACAAGUACCAGAUAGUUAUGCAAAUGUUGUUGUAGAUAUAUCAUCAGAAGAGGCAGAGAAAUCCAAAAUACCAAAUAUUGAAAAAGGUGUUUUCACUAAAGAAGCCCUAUUACCAAGCAAAGCAAAGAGAAGAUGGACUGCCCACAAUUCAGAAAUUUAUUGUAUUGCAUUCAAUACAAUGGGUAAUUUAAUGGCAAGUGGUGGCGGUGAUAAAGCUGUUAAAGUUUGGGACAUUAUAUCUGGUCAAACCAAAGCCACACUUUUAGGUGCAUCACAAUCUAUAAUGUCUGUAGAGUUUUCGCCAAAUGACGAAACUGUAUUGGGUACAAGUAAUGAUAAUAGUGCACGCCUAUGGAGCACUGAACUGGGUAGAUCGCGUCAUACUCUUACUGGUCAUAUUGGUAAAGUUUACACUGGUAAAUUCUUUAACCCAAAUCGUGUUGUAACUGGAAGUCACGAUCGUACCAUUAAAUUGUGGGAUCUUCAAAAAGGCUAUUGUACCCGUACAAUCUUUUGCUUUUCUAGUUGUAAUGAUUUAGCAAUUUUAGGUGGAACUGGAAAUCAUUUGGUUAGUGGUCAUGUCGACCAUAGCGUCCGUUUUUGGGAUUCAAAUAUUGGCGAACCAACUCACGUACUCUCAUCAAUUCACGAAGGUCAAAUCACAUCAAUUACAAACUCACCAGUUAAUUCUCAUCAUAUUUUAACAAACUCUCGUGACCAUACUUUGAAAAUUAUCGACACUCGUACCUUUGAAACCAUCAGAACCUUCAAGGAUCAAGAAUAUCGUAAUGGCCUUAAUUGGACCAAAGCUGCUUGGUCACCUGAUGGUGCAUAUAUCGCAUCUGGUUCAAUUGAUGGCUCAAUUUGUAUCUGGGAUGCUAAUAAUGGUAAAACCAUUAAAGUUUUAACCAAAGUACAUAACAAUGGUUCCUCUGUAUGUUGUUGUGCAUGGUCACCAUUAGCAAAUAUAUUUAUUUCUGCUGAUAAAGAUAAAAAUAUAAUUCAAUGGGAUUAA